AUGAUAGAACCUGAUAGCAAUUACAAUUCUGAUCAAGCUAUUCUUGAUGUCGAUAAAGUAAGAAUAUUACCUAUGUCACAUGAAUAUAAUCCAUCAAGUGUGCAUGCGGGUUUACUUAUUUAUUCUGUUGAUGGUGAAACAGAUUUUAUUUUAAAUGAUGCCAUGUUUCGUAUUAAAACAGGUGAUAUAAUUAUACGUCAAAUUCAUCAUGUAUUUUCUGGCCCAAAUGAAAUCGAUACUUAUCGUGAUUUAAUACGAGCAUUAUUUGGUACACAUCGUAUAAAUCUUAUCGGUCUGGUAUUCACAUUUCGUGGUAAUGGAGAAUUUACUAAUUGUAUGAGAUGGGGACCAAUAGCGCCUCAUACAGCCCCAAUACAUCCAACUGAACAAAAAUUACUUGAAAUUGCACUUGUUACACUUUAUAUGAAUAAGACAUGGUUAUCAAUGCCAAUUGCAUCACAUGUUGAUAUGGAAACAUUAUCUCAAUCAGGCAAAAAACAAUAUCUUUCGAAACUAGCUGAAAUAGAACAAUUAUUUCAUAAACGACGACAACAACGAGAAAAACAUCAUUAUUUACAAUUACCAAAUUUGUUAAAAUUAGGUCAUCAUCAUUCAUCCGAUAGUUUUCGAUCAUUUGAAUGGACACCACAUCGACAACAAAUGUUUGAUGAUACAGUUAUACGUUUACUUGAUGAAUUUUAUAAUCUUAUUUUACAAACAUUUGAAGAAGGAGAAUUUGAUAGUGAUCAAUAUGUUCAUUAUGAUGAUAAUACAAAACAAUUAUUUUCAAAUUUAGUUCAUCAUUAUACACCAGUAACACCUGCACAAAAUAAUUAUUGGCCACAACAACAAUAUUUCUAA